AUGCCAGCUACUACAUUAAAGUCGGCGGGCAAGAAGAGGCGCGCUUCGUCUGGUGCAGCAGCCGCUUCUCCAAGGGCUUCGACAUCGCGCGACACGCUCGACAGGGAUGACGGGCACACUGUGGAGGACGCGAAGGGCGAUGACAGUCGACUUGCGGCGUUUUUGCAAGAGAACGAGGCCGACAAAGGAGACAACGCGGGCGAGGUGGAAGUGGACGAGGCGGAUGAGGAUCAGGGAGGCCUGGAGGACAGCAUGGCGCAGGAGAACGCGGACGACAAAGAGCUCUCGGAGCGGGAUCUCCUCGCCCGCACAACCCUGCCGGAACAUCUCCUCCCUCGUUCGCUCAAGAAGGGCGCCAAGACGCCUGGAUUGGUCUAUCUCUCGCGCCUUCCGCCUGGGAUGGGUCCGGCAAGUGUGAGGGACUUGAUGAGUCGGUAUGGAGACGUUGGGCGGUUGUACCUCGAGCCAGCGAACAAGGAAAAGGGUCUCAACCGCAAGAAGAAGGAGAAGCACCAGUCCCACCGGUUCAAGGAGGGCUGGGUCGAGUUCGAGGACAAGCGGGUCGCGCGAUCCGUCGCAGAGAUGCUCAACGCUCAGCCGAUCGGCGGAAAGCGCGAGUGGAAAGACGAUGUCUGGACGAUGAAGUACUUGCCCCGGUUCCGUUGGGACCAGCUGAGCGAGCAGUUCGCACUCGAACGCGCAACCCAAACUUCUCUCCUACGCUUCCACCUCUCCUCCACUCGCACGCAGAACGAAGCCUACCUAACGGCCGUCGAGCGCGCGCGUACGAACAAGAAGAUCGAGGAGAAGGCUGCUUCGAGGGGGAAGCAGGCGAAGAAGCGUGGCGCCGAGGAGGACGGCGAGGAGAGCAAGAGGAAGAGGUUCAGGCAGAGGGAGAGGGUGGACUUGGGUGAGAAGGAGAAGAGGAGCGCGAAGGACGGAGAGGGAGCGCUGCAGAGCGUGUUGGGGAGGUUGUUCUAG